AUGGGAACUAUCGACACGGAACUUAUUUUGCGAGAGUUGGUUUACAAUAUUGCCGAAGAGCUAAAUUAUACAGAUGCCAAAAUAGACGUGCAAGAAAUUACUACUGGUGGUGCUAAUUAUAGUUCUGCAUUAUAUGAAGCAACAAUAUCUGAGGCAAAUAAAGACAAGCUUGAAUUUUUUGCCAAAGUCGCUGUUGUGGGUGAAGUAGCUCGAUCUCAGUUUCCUUUAGCUCUAUUUGAUAUAGAACGUUUCGCUUACAAUGAUUUAUUAAAAAAGUAUGCAAAAAUACAAGACAAAAAUAAUUUGCAUGAUGACAAUAGACUAGUUUGGCCCAAAUUUUAUGGUUGCAAUCCAAAAUUGUAUGAGGAAACAAUAGUCCUUGAAAAUCUAGCAAAAAAAGGAUAUGUCACUUACAACAGAUUGAAGUCGAUUGACUGGGCUUAUGCCUCCAAAGCUGUCGAGUCUCUCGCUAAAUUUCAUGCUCUAUCUAUUGCAUAUGGUGAAGAAAAUCCAGAAGAAUAUGCAAAACUUAUGGCCAAAAUGAAAUUUAAAUCUAGUGGUGUACAAGAAAUGGGUAAUGCUUAUGAGAAAUUAGCAGGUAUGGCUUUAGCUGUGACAAAGGACGAAAAUAAAGAGAGAUUAAAAAAAUAUAUAGAGAAAAAAGGAAGUUUAGUAAAUAUGACGAAAUUUUAUCAGCCAACUGGCAUAAAGUUGUUAACUCACGGUGAUUAUAGGCCGAGUAAUUUGAUGCAUAAAACUAAAGAAGAUGGUACCAUUCAUGUAAUUCCUGUAGACUUCCAAACAAUAACGGCUGGUAGCCCUAUUAUUGAUCUAAUAUACCUCAUCUUCACUGGUUCCGACGAGGAGUUCAGACGUCAGCAUUAUGAGCAGCUGGUCGAGCAUUACUACCAGGAGCUGACCCGCGCAUUACGCAAUCUGAACUUGGAUAUUGACAAGCACUACCCAAGGAAGAACUUCGAUAACGACUUGAAAGACUUUCUUCCCUUCGGACUUAUACUUGGUGUAUUUACAUUACCCGUCAUAACUGUGGAAGCUGAGAAUGCUCCAACUCUUCAGGGUGAAGAUGGUAUCAACAGUAUGGUGAUAUCGAAGACCAGCAAUUUAUACCCGGAGAGGCUUAAUGGGAUCGUUAAUGACUACAUCCGAUGGGGAAUACUUUAA